UAGGGUUUUCCACCACCACCUCCACCAAACAGCCAGCAGCCAACAGCCACCCAAUUUUGUUUCUCUUUUUGAUCCCCCAAAUUUGUAACAAAAACAACGUGGUCACAUCAUAGUCAACGACUUUCCUUGCUACUAUCCAAUAUUACGCCUCCACUCAUUAAUUUAAAUAAUUAAAUUCUUAAUUAAAUUAAUAAGUAAAGUAAAAAUCAAUCAAAAUCAAUGGCUGCUACGAUAACAACAAGGUCCUCCUCAGCUAUUCUCAGAGCUCAUAAAUUCCUUCAGCUUCACCCAACCACAACAAAAACCACAUCAUCCAACACCGUGAUGACGUCAUCCAGCCACCACGCCUGCUGUAAUUUUAGUAGUAAUACUACUCGCUCACUUAUUUCAUCAUCACAUAAUAAUAAUAAAUUCAUCAGGUCACAAGUUAUUAGUAAUACAAGUCAUAUUAAACGUUUUUUGACGCCGGGAAAGUCGGCGUUACAUCGGCGUAAUUUGUGGUGUGGUGGUUCUUCAAUAAAGAGCAAUAAGAAUUCAGUUAGGUUUUUGAGGAAUAUAAAUGCCUUUGUUUCUGAUUUCUCCCAUCCCCCUCCUCCUCCUCCUGGCUCUGUCACAAAUGGGUUUGCUUCAUUAUCAACGUCAAGUGGAGCAGAAGGAACAAAGCAUAAGAAAGAAGAUGUCAAGAAUGUUGCUUCAAAAGGAGAGGAAAUUAGCAACACAAAGAUUCUUAGUACGCUAGCUAAAUACUUGUGGAUGAGAGAUAAUGUGGAGUUCAGGUUACGAGUGCUUACUGCCUUUGGUUUCUUGGUUGGAGCUAAGGUUUUGAAUGUUCAAGUUCCGUUUUUGUUCAAGCUUGCCGUUGAUUGGUUAACAACUGCAUCAGGGAAUCCUAGCUCACUUGCUGAAUUUGCUGCCAAUAAUUCAACAGCUUUAGCAGUUUUUGUCAGUCCUGCAGCAGUUUUGGUUGGUUAUGGAAUAGCAAGAACCGGGGUUUCUGCUUUCAACGAGUUGAGAACUGCAGUGUUUUCCAAGGUGGCAUUACGAACAAUUAGAUCAGUUUCUAGAAAGGUAUUUUCACAUUUGCAUGAGCUUGAUCUACGGUAUCAUCUAAGUCGAGAAACAGGAGCUUUAAACCGAAUUAUUGAUCGUGGUAGCCGAGCUAUUAAUUUCAUUCUUUCGGCCAUGGUAUUUAAUGUUGUGCCGACAGUAUUAGAGAUUUCAAUGGUAGCAGGUAUUCUUGCCUACAAGUUCGGACCGUCGUUUGCAUUGAUUACUUCUAUGUCCGUUGCUGCAUAUGUUGCCUUCACAUUGACUAUAACACAAUGGAGAACUAAAUUCAGAAAAAUCAUGAAUAAAGCUGAUAAUGAUGCAAGCACAAGGGCAAUUGAUUCACUUAUAAAUUAUGAGACUGUCAAGUAUUUCAACAACGAGCAUCAUGAAGCCGAGGAGUAUGAUAAAUAUCUACAAAGGUAUGAAGCUGCUGCCUUGAAGACACAGCGUAGUCUUGCAAUUUUAAACUUUGGUCAAACUCUAGUAUUCAGUACCGCUCUUUCAGCAGCCAUGAUGCUUUCGGCAAACGGUGUAAUGAAUGGUGUGGCAACUGUUGGUGAUCUGGUUAUGGUAAAUGGUCUUCUCUUCCAAUUGUCUCUUCCUCUCAACUUUCUUGGCAGUGUAUAUCGUGAAACCAUUCAGAGCCUUGUUGACAUGAAAGCCAUGUUUCAGCUUCUUGAGGAAAGGGCAGAAGUUGGAGAUGCUGAUGAUGCAAAGCCUCUAAAGAUAGGUGGAGGUAGUAUUGAAUUUCAAGAUGUCCAUUUCAGUUAUGUGCCAGAAAGAAAGAUUCUUGAUGGAAUAUCUUUUGUGUUACCAGCUGGGAAAAGUGUUGCUAUUGUGGGAACUAGUGGCAGUGGAAAAUCAACCAUUCUUAGAAUGAUAUUCAGGUUCUUCGACACUAAUUCUGGCACGGUAAGGGUAGACGGGCAAGAUGUAAGGAAGGUUACACUCGAAAGCCUUAGGAAAUACAUCGGUGUCGUCCCACAGGAUACAGUAUUAUUCAAUGAUACAAUAUUUCACAACAUUCAUUAUGGUCGGCUUUCAUCAACACCUGAAGAGGUGUAUGAUGCUGCUCGAAAGGCAGCAAUUCAUGAUACUAUCAUGAACUUCCCACAACAAUAUUCUACUCUAGUAGGGGAACGUGGGCUUAAGCUUAGUGGUGGUGAGAAACAACGAGUUGCAUUAGCUCGUGCGUUCCUGAAAGCGCCUCCUAUAUUGUUGUGUGAUGAAGCAACAAGUGCUCUUGAUAGUACAACAGAGGCAGAGAUACUGACUGCAUUGAGGUCACUCGCUAAUAAUCGAACAGCAGUCUUCGUCGCUCAUAGACUUACAACUGCAAUGCAGUGUGAUGAGAUUAUCGUUUUGGAGAAAGGGAGGGUGGUUGAACAGGGUACUCAUGAAGUUCUGUUAUCAAAAGGUGGUAGAUAUGCACAACUCUGGUCACAGCAAAAUAACACAGUUGAUGAUCUUGAUGCAGCCAUCAAAUUAGAGGCUUAAAAUCUCUUUAAAAAGUAGUCAUUGUAUGUAUUAUCCGAAUUUAGGUUAUGAGGAAACAAAAUGUAGUCAAGAUUACUCAGGUUCUCUGUAUAGUUUACUACUGAUUGUAGUUCGAUAACAUAUCCCGACAGCUAUGCAACAUUGUUUCACUUAUAUACUGUAACUCUGUAAGCAAAUUGUUCAUACCAAAUCUUUUGGCCAA